AUGUCUGCCUUGGUUAGUUUAAAUAAUGGCUUGAAGAUGCCUUUAGUUGGUCUAGGUUGUUGGAAAAUUCCCAGAGAUAUCUGUGCCGAACAAGUCUACGAAGCUAUUAAAUUAGGUUAUAGACUAUUCGAUGGUGCUUGUGACUAUGGCAAUGAAACAGAAGUGGGUGAAGGUAUCCAUAAAGCUAUUUCUGAAGGUAUCGUUAAACGUGAAGACCUUUUCAUCAUUUCUAAAUUAUGGAACACGUAUCACGAUCCAAAACAUGUUAAGAUGGCAUUGCAAAGAACUCUAGAUGACAUGAAAUUAGACUAUUUGGACCUGUAUUAUAUUCAUUUCCCAAUUGCUUUCAAAUAUGUUCCUAUGGACAUUAAAUACCCACCUGGUUUUUACACCGGUGAAGAAGAUUGGAAGAAGGGAAUCCUUACAGAGGAACAUGUCCCAUAUAUGGACACUUAUCGUGCCUUGGAGAAGUGUGUUGAUGAAGGUUUGAUUAAAUCUAUCGGUAUCUCUAACACCCCAGGUGCUUUAAUUCAAGACGUUUUAAGAGGUUGUAGAAUUAAACCGGCUGCUUUACAAAUUGAACAUCAUCCAUAUUUGACUCAAGAAAAAUUACUGGAAUAUUGUAAAAUUAACGAUAUUCAAGUUGUGGCCUAUUCAUCCUUUGGCCCGCAGUCCUUUGUGGAUCUUGGACAAGGCUUGGCUAAGAGCACUUUACCAUUGUUUGAUCACCCUGUUAUUAAGAAAAUUGCAGAAGCCCAUGAUGUUUCUCCUUCUCAAGUCAUUUUAAGAUGGGCCACUCAAAGAGGGAUUGCAAUUAUUCCGAAAUCUUCCCAUAAAGAAAGAUUAUUAAUUAACUUAAAGAUUGAUGAAUCUGUUACGUUAACAGAUGCAGAAAUCCAAGAAAUCUCUAAACUAAAUCAGAAUAUUAGAUUCAAUGACCCAUGGGAUUGGAUGGAUUCUAAGUUCCCAAUCUUCCAUUAA